AUGGAUCCAGAAACCCAGAAAGAUGAAGAGCAGGCGCCCAUAUACACCAUUCCUUCAAGGCGACUCGGUGCUCUUGAGCACCCAAUGAUCAUCAAAAAUCUCGACAAAGGCAUCAAGACCUUGGGUCAGAACAAUGCUUUCCAAGCCAUUCUCGACUCGGCCAGUCCCCAAAUCUCUGUGCCUCUCUACCUCAGACCAGAUAAUCCCACCGCCCGCCCUCUCACCUCCCACAACGCCCUCACCCACAAUGUCGUCCUCAAGGUCACAGUCCCCAAGCGAACAGGUCGCAAGCGCAAAAGAGGAACCGACGAUCCCUGGGAAGGUGAAGUCCUCCCUCCAUCCGACUCGUCAGAGGUCCUCUCCCGCGAUCAACUGGACCACCCAGCCAUCAUCCGCCGCAAACUGCAAGAUAAUCCCACGACCUACACCGUCACCCCAGUCGGCAUAAUCAACAACACCCACCGCUAUCGCGGCCUCGCCGACUUUCAGUACUCCCUCUCUCACUCCAAGUUCAUGAACAAGUUCGUCUCCAACGUCUUGCCGGGUGACAUCAACAAACUCAAGAACUUCUCUUUGGCUCCCGGGAUUGAAACAGGCAAAGACAUCGAUUUGAUCCCACCCCCUUAUUUCACCCCAAUGUCGCUGCCUUUUAGUUAUGGGUACAACCAAAACCCCCACACAAAGGAACUCGCCUCUGGUGGCUCAAAACUCGUCCCAGACGGGGUAGGCGACAACUCUGACGAGGACGAUGAAUACGCCCGUGUGGUCAACGUCACAGCCCGCGGCCCAGCAGCGGGUUACUUCAUCGCCCAGGAUGAAUACCCUGUGCCCACGGCACCCAAAAAACAACCCGACAUGACGGACCCCCAAAUCGCCGCGAUUAUCAAUGAAAUGCGUGCUGCCAUGGAGGAGAGACCAAUCUGGACACGCAGGUCGAUGUGGAAUCGGCUUGGUGCCAAGUUCGCGGAACUACCCAAGAAUGGCGGGCUGGUGAGGCAUUGUCUGCAGUUUGCGGGGUAUCAGUUCAAGGGGGGCCCGUGGAGGGAUGCGUUGGUGAAGUACGGCUUGGAUCCGAGAUCUGACCCCAAGUAUAGGGUGUAUCAGACUUUGAUAUUCAAGCUGCACAAGACGAGAAUUGGGAGCGUGGGACGGAGCUGGCAGGCGGUGAGGAGGAAUGAGAUUUCGGUGACGAAUUUUGGGAGGUACUGGAGGGAGUUGGGGGUGGGCAAUGGGGCUCCGAGGAUGGGUGGGAGGGUGGAUGAGGCGUUGUUGAGGACGCAUGUGUUUACUUCGAACGUGGACAUGGGAUCAUGCCGCAAUAGACCA